AUGGUCAUUGCACAUACUUCUGUUGAGUUAGCACAAAUUAAAAAACUCUUGUAUGCUGUACGAACGUCAAAUUAUGAUGAAAUACGACGAAUUUGCGAGAAAGGCAUCGAUGACAUUGUUAAUUACAAUAAUCCGAUGGAUGGUGAAACACCGUUGUUAGUUGCUGUGAAGAAAAAUGAUGAGAUUAUGAUGCAGUUUCUUCUUGAUCUUGGUGCACAUCCAGAUGUAACUGAUUUCAAGGGUCAAACGCCUUUAAUACGCGCUGCUGGACGUGGCUUUGUCGAAGCUGUACAAACAUUACUCAAUGCACAUGCUAAAACCGAUAUGCGGGAUCUCAAUGGAAAUGAUAUUCUCUUUGCUUGCCUAUCUGAUGGUACACUUCGGCAACAAGAAUGUUUUUUUCUUAUGAUGUCGAAACGAACACUUGAUGUGAAUCGAACGACGACGAUGGGAAAACCUUUACUGGUAGCUGCCUGUGAAAAGGGAGCAACUACAGAAAAAAUGUGUUUGAUGUUACUUGACCGAGUUGUUGAUGUAAAUGCCAUUGAUAAAGAAACAGGCAAAACUGCAUUACAUGCUGCUUGUGCUUCUGGCUCAGUCAGAUUAGUACGUGCACUUUUACAACGAAAUGCGAAUGUAAACGCACGAGAUGCUCAACAACAGACACCCGUUCAUGUUGCUAUAUUGUCCAAAGUAUUCGAGCUUCUACCAAUUCUUUCGGCUUACAACGCUCGUUUUGAUCUUACUGAUCAAUCAUUAAAUACACCGGUUCAUCUAGCUGCUAGACUCAAUCAAGGUAAAUCAAUUAAAUUUAUGAUUCAACGUGGCGGUACAAUGAAAACUAAAAAUGCUGAUAAUCAAUUACCGAUUAAAAUUGCAAAAACAUUUAAAAAUAAAAAUGCUAUAAAAAAUAUUCGUUUAGCUGAAAUGAAACACUAUAGUCGAAAAGUCAUCUCGCCUAAAUCCAAUCCAGAUCGUGAUUACAAAAUUCAUUUAUAUGAUUGGCUACAAGAAAAAUACGAUCGACUUUUACGUCGAUUUCAUCAAGUAGAAAACAGUAGUACUCAUCGAAUAACAUCGAAUGAUUUAAGACAAAUUAUUCAUGAAGAAGGUUUCAGUCAAAUAACAUCUGAUGAUUUGCAUGAUCUUAUUGUUCGACACGAAACCAAUCCAAACGAAAUUGAUUAUCAAAUGUUUCUAUCUGGAAAAUUAUUUAUUGACAAAGCAUUUCUUUUGUCAGCAUUUAUUCAAAAAACAAAUAAAAAGAAAAAAACAAGGACAACGAAAAAACAACCAGCCAUACCAAUAGCAAUACGUAAUGAAGGACCUCGAACAGUCCAUGGUAAUCCACCUUUAGUAUACAUAAAAAAACAUCAGUUUACUACUGACCAAACUCGAUUCACUCGUGAUCAAACUCCAAAACAUGCUAUCAAUGAUGAUUCAGCAUAUUAUUUAGACAAGCCGGAUCCUCAAUUUAUACAUAUUAACAAUGCCGUGUAUCGAGGUGAUCUACAUACACUAAUCGAUGCUUUCAAAUCAGGCGUACCUGUAGAUAUUCGAGACAAGUUUUACAAAACGCCAUUGAUGAUUGCAGCUGCUAAUGGUGAUUUAGAAACAACGAAAUUUCUUCUUCAAUGCGGUGCAAAUGUACAUCUUGAAGAUCAUUUUAAAUGGACACCACUUCAUCAUGCUGCUAAUUCAGGUCAAUUAGGGGUUGUUCGUGCUCUUGUCGAUGCCGGUGCCAAGAUCAAUCAUGAGUCAUUAACACUAGCAACGCCACUGAGUCGUGCUAUUGAAAAUUCGUCACUUGAUAUAGUAAAUUAUUUUAUUCAGAAGAAGGCGAAUGUUCGCCAGGAAAACAUCACACAACAUAAUUUACUCGAUUUGGCUGCUGAUUUUGCUUCACCACAAGUUUUUAAUACUAUUCGAACGAUCUAUGAACAAAAAGGAAGUAAAAAAGAUAAUAAAAAACCGAAACCUCGUUCAGCGUCUAGUAGAAACAGAAAGAAAAACAAGAAUAUUGAAACACUAACUCCUGUUAUUAAGCCAAUCAAGCUCGAAGUACCAUUACCACGACGGGGUUCAUUGCUUGUUGCUGAAGAAAAAUUAAGCUCAUCGAGUGAUACCUAUGAAUCCAUUACAUAUCAUCCAUUGAUGAAAUGGACGGAUCAACCAACUACUCAAGAACUACUCGAUAAGAAGAUCAACUUAAGGAAUCAAUUUACAAUGAACAUUGAUUUUCCUGAUUACAAACAACCAUUAUUAGUCAAUGCUCAAGCUAAAUUAGAACGUUUAGAGACACUUGGUCGACGUUCAACAGAAUCCUAA